AUGGCUGUCGGUUUUGGCGCAACUUUUACCUCAACAUCGACUGGUGUCGCAACGGUGGUUUCAAAGGGUGUCUGGUCGACGGAAAUGGAGGUCACUACAGAGCAGGGAGGAAAGUUAACUGAACAUAACACUACGAUCCCCAUGCAAAUAGAUAAUCAAAUACAAGAAGCCCCGGGCUCUUCUCCUCGUCGUCGGCGACGCUUACUUCUCUCCACCGAGAGUGCCUUCGUCGACAACAUACUUCCAUCGCUGGUUCAGAAUCCCGAUAUCGAAAUACGAUUGAUCACCGACGAGCCCUCCGCCCUUCUGUCGGGCGCAAGCAAGGUUCCUCAUUAUAUGGACACAGUGGAUAGUCAAACAUUCGAAAAGAAGACUGGGGCUCGGAAAUGGCUAAAGGCCAAGGCGGCGGAAUUGUGCGAGUGGGCUGAUAUGCUGUUGGUUGCGCCGAUAGACGCCGGAGCGUUGGGGUCGAUGCUGUAUGGUUUGACCAACACCUUGACGUUGGCGCUCCUGCGGGGUUGGAUGUCGUCCAAGCCGGUUGUUCUGAUCCCUGGCAUGACGGUCUCGGAAUGGCACCAUCCGCUAAGUAAAAGGCAACUGCGAGAGGUGGCAGAUUUCUGGCCAUGGAUAAGUGUGGUGUCGCCGGUGCUGUGGGAAUCGGUCAGUCCGGAGGAGCUGGUUCAGUUACCAUGGGAAGGUCUGAAAGAACUGCAUGAGGUUCUCGAACGAACUUUGGGCCUUUCAUUCUCUCAGGUCUUCACUAAGCCUGGCCAGCUUUCAGAUCCGACAUACCCGACCGGCAUGUCAGAGCAGACGCCUGGCGACGCGGCGUCCACGGUAUCGCGACACCUUCUGCAUCGAAGCAGUAAACCGGAAAAUGGCCCGCGCUCGCUACCCAUGGAGCUAUGGCUCAACAUCUUCGAAGACCAAUUACACGACUGGGAGAUCGCAAAGGCAGUUGGCAUCCCAACCAAUCUGCCCGUGCCGAAGGAAUGGCAAAAUCACCUGUUAAAGAUGUCGACCCCAGCCUCCUUGGAAUAUACCAUCCUCAGAGGAUCCUUCGCCGCAAUUAAGAAGCGCAUUGACAGCCUGCCACGAUGGAAGCCCCUCUCCGACCUUGUAUGCCACCUCAUCUUCAAAUUCUCUCGCACCGACAUCCUCUCUUACCUCACUGAAAACCACCUCGAUCUACUCUGGACCACCUCUCGACUCACCAACCUCCCAUACCGCGCAUCCGCCAUCUACGGAAACCCCAACAUUCUCACCUGGUGGCGCGAUGCGCCCGCCCUUCCCAACAAAGAAUACAUCGCCGACGCAAUGGAUGGGGCCUCCCGCGCCGGCUUCGUCAACGUCUUAGAAUGGUGGCGAACCUCCGGCCUCGAACUUCGGUAUACCGAGCGCGCACUCGAAGCCGCCAGUGCCGAAGGCCGAGUAGCCGUCCUCGCCUGGUGGAAAGCCGCCUCGGCCAACGCACCCCCUUCCAACCCUAUCCCCCUCAAAGUCGGCAAGUCCGUCCUUCUUGCUGCCCAAUCCGGCCGCACCGCUUCCCUAGCCUGGUGGGACGCCUCCGGCAUUCCCUACAGCCAUGGUGAAUCCGUUGCCCGCAUCGCCAGCACCCACGGCCACGUCCACGUCCUCGAAUUCUGGCACCGCCUGAAAGGCGCCAAAAUGAUAUUCGACAGCCAAGUCCUCGUCGGGCCCACCAAGAACGGCCACGACAAUGUCCUGGAAUGGUGGCGUCGAAGCGGUCUCCGCGUAGAGUUCAAAACCUGCGAUAUCGAAGAAGCUCUCGAAGACGCCGACCCGGUUUCCGGUGCUGAAGAACGUGUUCGUAGAUGGUGGGCCCGGAAUGGUCUUAACCUGGGUGUUGGGACGAGUUUAUGUUCUCCUACUCCUUGUUAA